GGGGUAUACUGCCGUUGCUUUUAAAAUACUGCCCGCAGAACCUGUUCGGACGGAAGAAUCCCUGCUCCCGUAGGAUGACCAGAAGUGCACAUUACUUGAGCUUGGUUAGGGGCGCAAGAUGACCAACAUAAAGUCGUUCGCGUUCCUGGACCUCGAAACGACGGGGCUGCCGAAAUAUGAAUUCUCGCGGACUAAAAUCACCGAACUCUCGGUGGUGGCCUGUUCGAGGGAGCACCUACUACAAUCAACCACCGAGCUGCCGCGCGUGGUGCACAAGCUGUCCCUUUGCUUCAACCCAUUUCGCAUGAUAUCGCACCAAUCUUCACAAUCUACGGGCUUGUACAACGAUCUACUGCAACACGAAGGCACAUUCGAUGAAAAUGCUGGCGAGCUGUUCAAACUGUUCCUGUUCCGGUUACAGAAACCGGUCUGCCUGGUAGCGCACAACGGUUAUCGGUUCGAUUUCGUUUUGCUCAAGAAGCAACUCACUAGCAUCGGCAUCUCGCUGGAGGCCGGUUCGGUGGUUUGCAUCGAUACCAUUCCAGCUUUCCGGAGCAUAGAGGCCGACAUUGAGCGAUCCACGCUGGAGAACUGCCACGGUAUGGAUGAUGCCGUGGCCGAGCUCGAGUAUCACACGGUUCGAAUGCUGGACAACCUGCAACAGAGUGGUAGCACUAAAACAGAGGAGUUACCGCAAUCGCUGACACCGCCGAAUGAAGAGAUCGAACGGAAACACAAGCAGGCAGUACAGGCCUAUCUUGUCGUUGCUCCCGACGAAUGCACCAAAAACGGGACAAGUGAAACGACGACGGACGACAAUGUUUCGCAGCAGUCAACGAUGGGCGUCCUGGAGUGUCUGGAGGUUGCGUCGAAUUUCAUGGAGGAUCAAAGGAAACGGAACGAAAAGACUCCUCAGACGGCUCGAAUCGGUCACAAACAUGUCAAUGCGGAACAGGAAGAUGAUUUUUUCGAACAAACACAAAAGCAACCACCAGCGCCUCGACCGUCUACCUCGAGUACGGCGCGGAAGCGACUCUUCCCGGCGGAUAGUUCUACGGAAGGGACACAGAGCACACCGCGGAAGCGCUACAAUUUGACGGAACUGUAUAAGCGUACCGUUGGGCGGGACAUACAGAAAGCCCACCGGGCAGAACAUGAUACGAUGGCACUGCUGGAAUGUGUCGCCAUGCAUGCGGCACGCUUCAUAGUGUACGCGGAAGAUCAUUGUGUUCCUUUUGAGAGCAUCAAAGGAAGCUUUUAGCUGAAUGUAUUCGCAGCAGCGGGGAGAUUUUAGUAGAUCCGUGUAACAGGUGAUCUUUUUUUUAUAUGGUUUAUAUGGAUUUUUAUCUUUUUUGUAGACUUAUUACAGUUCAAAGUAGGAGUGUUUCGUCUAACGAUUUCGAGCACCGACGUAUCUGCCGCUGUGGGAGCCUAAGCAACUAUCCAGCUACGAUUGUAGAAUUCCAAAUUCCAAUGACGAGUGAUAAAAGCAACAUAGCAAGCCAAGGAGGACAAAAAACUGGGAAAACGACUGAAUAUAGGACGAACGAACAGAAGCGAAGAUCGAAAAAAGUAGAGAAAUAUAAACACCUUUAUUUUGAAACAAAAAGACUGUAGAAACUAGAGAUAACAAAUCUAUUAUCUACUUCACAAGCUUUUACAAGAAUUAAAGAGAAGCUGAGAAAAUGUGUAUCGUCACGGAACAGAG